CAAAUUUCAAAGCUCCAUGCGACAGCUCCUAAAAGGUCCUGGGCGACUUUCUCCUCGACAAGUUUGCGUCGUUGCCACCACUCCACACACAAGAGGCAAUCAUGUUGACAGCAGGCGGUCUCCGAAAUGCCUGUCCGAGCUGUCGAGCUCGAUUAUUGAGCUUGACCGGAACUGCACUCGCUAGUUCAUCACCCACCGGCCGACAGCUUCGAUUGAACUUCCCGCGGCAUAGCAGCCUAGCUGCGACACGAUCAUUAGACCGACGUGCAACCAGCUGCAGACCUUUUUCGACAACAUCACGAAGCUUACAAGAUCCCAAGUCCAUCAGUGGCAAUGCCGAAUCACUCGCGCGCACCGCCGAAAUCGAGAAAACGGUUCGAGAGGCUAGGCAGCGCUUCCGAGAUACACUGCCCAAGGGUUACCUCAGCGAGGAGGAGUACACACUGUAUGAGCGCUGGUAUGGGCCGCCUCUACGGGAGACAUCCCCCGAGGAUGUAGGAAUACAAUACUUGAAUGACGAGCAAGCGGGAGUUCGACGACGACACAAGUCGGGUGGUCCAACCCUGCUGCGCCAGGUCCAAGGUGGCACGCUGCAAGAGGUGCAAUACGCUCGCAAGAAGGCGGAAGAAGCGGCGGAAAAUGACGACGAGCCGGUAAACGAAAAGAUUGAGGAGCCCACUGCUGCCGCUACUGAAGUGAACAAAGAGGCUGAGCCGACCGAGGAGGCACCUUCAGAGGGUAGCGACAAAUACAUCAACAUGGUGGCGAGAAACAAGAGGGAGUACGACGCGCUCAGGAUGCUACAAAAAGACUUCGAGGCCAAUGCCCGCGCUGUGGAGGAGGAAAGCAGGGAGAUGUUGGAGGAGGACGAACUGCGGGACGAGGAACGAGAGUUCGAAGAGGACGAGGAAGGAGAAGAAGAAUUCGACGAGAGCCAGGAUGGCAUCCAAGACCAGGGAACAUCUAAGCGUUCAGGACGUCUGCACCCUUUCUCGAGAGAGGGCCAUUUCUCGACGAACCCGAGCACAGUCAGCCUACCGUAUGCCGGAUAUAUUGGGCCGGUGACAUCAAUUCUCGACAGAACAGACAUCAAGCACGUGAAGGAGGCUGCCGAGAAGGCUUUUGGAGGUCCUGGUCUACCGCACUCCCCCGCCACCCCGGCGUCAAAGAUGGGCAUGGAGCAACAGGCCAUCGGCAUGGCUGUCUGGCAGAACAAAAUGUCCGACAUUGAGGCGGACGCUUUCGUGUCUGCUUUUCUGCCGCCUGCCUAUGCCUCGGCCAUGGGAAGCUUGGUCGAGGUCCGCAAGCGACUGGGCACGGACUGGCUGCGAAACCUGUUCAACAACGGCAGCGGGCCUCGCGUUCUGGAUGUCGGUGCUGGUGGUGCUGGUCUCUUGGCCUGGCAGGAUGUGUCGCGCGCUGAGUGGGACGCCAUGAAGUCUCGCGAAGAGGUCACUGGGAAGAAUCCACCCGGAAAGCAGAGCGUGGUUGUGGGAUCGGAAAAGCUGCGAACUCGUGUCACCAGAUUCUUGCAGAACACAACUUUCCUCCCCCGUCUUCCUGACUAUCACCAUUCAGUCGAGACCGCGCACCUGGACCUGGAUGCCAAUGAGAAUCCCCAGCCGAGGAAGAUGUUUGAUAUCAUCAUCGCAUCUCACCUGAUGCUUCCCGUGAAGGAAGGCCACAGACGCAAGGCUAUUCUCAACAACAUCUGGUCACUCCUGAAUCCUCAAGGCGGUGUCUUGAUCGUGCUGGAAAAGGGACAGCCUCGCGGUUUCGAAGCCGUGGCUGAGGUUCGAGAGCGUCUGCUUACCGAGUUCCUCAUCCCGCCAGGAGGCGAGGACCUUACGAAUAGCGAAGAGAAGAACCCAGCGUUUGAGAGAGAAAAGGAACCCGGCAUGAUCAUUGCGCCCUGCACAAACCACCGCGGGUGCCCGAUGUACCAGGUUCCCGGAAAGAGUACUGGACGCAAGGAUUUCUGUCACUUCAGCCAGCGUUUCGUUCGCCCGUCAUUCCUGCAGAGAAUUAUGGGCGCAACGCACCGCAACCACGACGAUGUGCAAUUCAGUUACAUUGCCAUCCAGCGCGGUGUCGCAGCAAAGGAGGGACCGCUGGCCGGCGCAGAAGCUGCCGACAGGGCGUUUGAGGGUUUCGAGACGUCAGAGACGGCACCCGACAUGCUCUCCCUGCCCCGACAGAUCCUCCCGCCCAUCAAGCGCCGCGGUCACGUCACGCUCGAUGUGUGCACACCCAACGCGCAGAUUGAGCGCUGGACGGUGCCCAAGAGCUUCAGCAAGCAGGCGUACCACGAUGCGCGCAAGGCCAAGUGGGGUGACCUCUGGGCGCUGGGUGCGAAGACGCGCAACCGUCGCAACGUGCGUCUGGGCAGGCCCGAGGUCCUUGACGACGGCGGUCUUCGAGCCCAGCGCCAAAAGGCGGCUGCGAGCAAGAAGAAGAAGGUGAUUGGUGUCGAUAUCAACGAGUCGGGUGUUGUUGGCGGCUCGGACGAGGGCAGGACUCCUGGGCCGCAGCGCAAGACCAGCAGGAAGGCUGCUCGCCAGCAGCUGCUGAAGAGUCUGGCCAAGGCGGACGAGGAAUGAGUGUAAGCUUGAGGUGUAAUAAUCGGAUCGUGUAUAACAAUGUGUGGGGAAAGUAUUGUAUCAACACCACGAAAACUGAAUAGAUUUUGGAUGGGCGGGAAUGGAGGCAUAUCACGAUCUGCCUCGCCUUAGGUUAGUAGGCACACAGCUCAAAGGAUGAGCCAACUACAUACAUCAUGUUACAAUACCACAACUCAAUGAUUUGACAACCCUUUUGCAAGACCACACAUGAGAAGUACAAUGUUAUCUGAUGUCUAGGGUAAACCAAAAGUGGC